AUGGUUGGAGCUUUGAUCGGAGAGGCUUUUAUCUCUGCUUCCAUCCAGGUGUUGUGUGACAGAAUUACUUCACGCGAGUUCAUCGACUUAUUUCGGCAGAAGAAACUGGAUCAAGCUCUCCUCAUGAAACUGAAGGUGACACUGUUGACCUUGAACGCAGUGCUCAAUGAUGCAGAGGAGAAGCAAAUAGAGAACCCGGCUGUGAGAGAGUGGCUUAACGAGCUCAAGCAUGCUGUCUUUGAUGCGGAGGACUUACUGGAUGAGAUCAACUAUGAAGCUUUGCGAUGCAAGCUCGAAGGUGAAGGUCAAAUCGACAAUUUAACCAAUAAGGUGUGGAACUUCCUAUCUACUUCUCAUAACCAUUUUUAUCAGAGCAUGAAUGUUAAGAUACAAGAGUUAUUACAAAGAUUAGAAGACUUUGUACAGCUGAAAAGUGCUCUUGGUCUGAGAGAAUAUGUUGGGAGGAAGAGAUGA